AUUUCAUAAACUUUCAUUCAGCAAACAUGAACCUCUUCUUUGUUUGGACGGUCUUCUUAGUGCUGGUGGCCGGGCCUCAGGUGGAGGGCUCUGGGGUACCGGGGCUGAAGGUGCUCCCGGAGGUGGACUCCUCGUGUGCGGCAGCGGUGAGAGCCGCUAUCGAGGAAUAUCGAGUUCUUUACGAGGGGCAACCUCAAGAAACGCCGAAUAUGACUGAACUAAUGAAGACCAGCUCAGAAAUAGCCUCUAACGACACCAUUAAGACCACAGAAAGGAAAGUCUUUAAUAAUACCGAUGAAACGGGUCAAGAAACCGGAAAAAAGACAGUUGCUGAGAAGACGACAGAAAUUGACGUAAAACCCAACGGAACUGUAUCAAAGACUUCGGAAACCACGAUUGAUGUAGAUGAGGACGGUAAACAACGGGGUGAAAAAUCUGUGACCGAGAGUGAAACAGUGACGGGACAGACUCCAGACAACGGGAGCAUAGUACAAACGGUGGACGUUAGAAAGGUGAUGGACGAAGAGGGUAAUGAAAUAAAGGAGGAAGUUGUUAUUAAGAAGGAAUUAAUAGUACAGCCUCUUACCAACACAACUGAAGAAAAGCCGCAGGACGAUAAAGACGCAAAUCUUAUCGUUCCAAAAGUAGGGGCGGACGACAAAGCUAAAAACAAAACCGAAUCAAAACGAACAGAGCAAGGAAAAGAGAUUCUGCCCAGCAAUAUAACGAACGAAGUUGUUGUGAAAGAGAAGGAAGAACUUCUACCUUCACAGGAAAGUACGAAAGUGACAUCUGUGGAGGAGAGGAAUGUUACAGAGGCGGAUGAUGGACUUCAUGACGCAGAACGAACAGAGCAAAGAAAGGAGAUUCUGCCCAGCAAUAUAACGAAUGAAGUUGUUGUGAAAGAGAAAGAAGAACUUCUACCUUCACAGGAAAGUACGAAAGUGACAUCUGUGGAGGAGAGGAAUGUUACAGAGAAGAGUGAUGGACUUCAUGAGGCAGAACGAGCAGAACAAAGAAAGGAGAUUCUGCCCAGCAAUAUAACGAAUGAAGUUGUUGUGAAAGAGAAAGAAGAACUUCUACCUUCACAGGAAAGUACGAAAGUGACAUCUGUGGAGGAGAGGAAUGUUACAGAGAAGAGUGAUGGAAAAGAUGUCGAGAAAGAAACUGUAAUUCAAAAAGAAGUCCAAAAGAAUGUGUGUAAUAGCGACAUCAAAGAGGUUCGUAACGAAAAACAUCUUAAUGAAACAAUUGAAGACUUGAAACACCAAGUUGAUGACGUGAAAAACAAGAUGAAGGAAGAAAAAGCAAAGGCUGAAGAAACAAAUACUACGCCUAUCACUCAAGACGGUAAAGUCGUUGAAAAGACAGUCCCUGCUGUGACGCCGGCGAAGGUUGUUAGAAAGGAUGUGCCCUCGGUGGGAGAAGGAAAAGACUCCGUUGUGACUCGAGUUGUUAAACCCGUUACCCUUUCGGUGGUAGCAGAAAAGGUCCCCGUUGUGACAAAGGAGAAGGUUGUUGAGCAGGCUGCCCCUUCGGUGACACAGGAGAUCGUAAGUGUCUCUAAGGAGCAAGCAGAACUUCCUCUCGUAGCAGAGGAGAAGAAGGUUAUUGAAAAGAUUAUCCCCUCGGUGACAGAAGGAAAAGUCCCGGUAGUCCCUCAACAGGAGGUUGUUGAAAACGUUGCCCCUUCGACGACAGAAGAAAAAGUUCCUGUUGUGACACAAGAAAGGGUUAUUGAGCAGAAUGUCCCACAAGAAAGGGUUAUUGAACAGUCUGUCCCACAAGAAAGGGUUAUUGAAAGGAAUGCCCCACAAGAAAGGGUUAUUGAACAGAAUGCCCCACAAGAAAGGGUUAUUGAACAGAAUGCCCCACAAGAAAGGGUUAUUGAACAGAAUGCCCCACAAGAAAGGGUUAUUGAACAGAAUGCCCCACAAGAAAGGGUUAUUGAACAGUCUGUCCCACAAGAAAGGGUUAUUGAACAGAAUGCCCCACAAGAAAGGGUUAUUGAACAGAAUGCCCCACAAGAAAGGGUUAUUGAACAGAAUGCCCCACAAGAAAGGGUUACUGAACAGAAUGUUCCACAAGAAAGGGUUAUUGAAAGGGUUGCCCCACAAGAAAGGGCUAUUGAACAGGCUGCCCCUACGGCGACAGAAGGAAAAGUUCCUGUUGUGAUAAAAAAGAAGGUUACUGAACAGGCUGCCCCUUCGGUUACAGAAGAGAUUGUCACUGUUUCUAAAGAGAAAGAAGAAGUCCCUGUUGCAACAGAGGAAAAGGUUCCCGCUGUGAGAAAUGAGACAGUUAUUGAAAAGAUUACUCCUUCCGUAACAGAAGAAAAAGUUGUCAAUCAACGGAAGGUUGUUUCUUACGAAGAUGCUACAGAAAAUCAGGAAAAUCAAGCUACUGGAGAUGAAGAAACGGACAAAACUGAAUUGAAGUUUAUCAUCACCAUACAAGAGAGAAUAGUCCGUGAACAGACAGUCUCGAUCAUACCCGUGAUGGACAAGGACGCCAACACAAGAAGGAAUGGAAAAGUGGCGAAGAAACAACUGAAAAGAAUAAUGAAGAAGGUGGCCCGCGCCGUACGGGAAGAAUUAAGCAAGGAGCACAAGACAGCAGGGGAGGGACAGUAGCAGGAGAAGCUGUAACCAGUGUGAGGGAACAGGCUGCCACUCUCCACCAAACCGACAGCCACCACCACCAAAAUGUCCCCUCAACACCCAGCUGCUUGCGAUGGGAUCCCUAAGAAAGUGUUCCAUAUUUUCUUGUCUUUUCUUAUCUAUCUAUCUUAC